UCUCUGAGUUUUGCGUAAACAAUGCAGCACAAGCUCAACAAAAGCUGACGCCACAUUUUCUCGAGAAAAUGAAAGAAAAUAAAAGAAAGUGAGCUUUUUCAACCUUCUAUUUCACUCUAUCUUCUUUUUUAUAUAUUUGCUUGUAUAUAAAACCAUACAGAGAACCUUGAAUCAUUUAGAUUUUCAAGUGCCUAGAGUUGCAAGGUGCAGAUUAUUGAGUAUCUCAAACAAGUCUUUUAAACAAUUUGGAGAAGUGGACUGCCAAAAGUUGGAAAGUUCCUUACAGUAGACCUAUGCAUUCACACCUUCCAAUUUGGUUGGAAGACUUAGAUGGACCUUCCCUCUCCAGAACCAACUAGAAACAUCCAAACUGAUCAAUACCCAUUGCUGAUGGAGCAAUUGCAUAGCCAUAAUGAGCAGGAGCAUAUAAUUGAUAUAACAAGAAAUGAUGAUGCUUCAUCAAGCUCAUCACACGAUGAACAAUCAAGCAGAAUGGGCUUACAUCAGCACGAAGAAAGAUCAUCAAGCAGCAGCACAGCCCCCACUUACCAUAGUUCAUCUACUUCCGCGAACAGAUUAAACUCUAGGAAUUCAUCAUUCAUGAGAAGAGGCGAUGGAUAUGGUCGCCGUGGUAGAAGCCCACUAAAUUCAGGGCUAUGGAUUUCAGUUGAGUUAGUCGUCACUGUGAGUCAGAUUAUAGCAUCAAUUGUUGUAUUGUCAUUGUCAAGAAAUGAAAAUCCUCAAGCUCCAUUGUUUGCAUGGGUUGUUGGUUAUGCAUCUGGUUGUGUUGCAACACUUCCUAUUCUUUACUGGCGUUUUCGUAAUCGGAACCAGGGAAUUGACCAAGAUUCCCCACAAUCACAUCAAGGCUCUUCCCAAGGCAAUCUUCCUGAACAUACUGCACCAUACACAGCUAUUUCAGUUACUCAAGCUUCAGACGAGGAAAAUAAUCACGUCACAGAAACAGCAAACACUAACGGUCAAAGUGCAGUGCACUUCACUACACGACUCAAUGGAUUAGUGGACCAUUUCAAGAUGGCCUUAGAUUGCUUCUUUGCAGUAUGGUUUGUCGUUGGCAAUGUAUGGAUUUUUGGAGGUCAUUCUACGCCCUCUGAUGCUCCCAAAUUGUACAGGUUAUGUAUAGUGUUCCUUACCUUUAGCUGUAUUGGAUAUGCCAUGCCAUUCAUAUUAUGUGCAACAAUUUGUUGCUGCUUACCUUGCAUAAUUUCGGUCCUGGGCAUCCGGGAAGAUUUUUCUCAAACUAGAGGAGCCACAGUGGAAUCCAUUAAUGCUUUGCCAACCUUCAAGUUCAAGUCAAAGACAAGUGGGAACGCUAAUGAUCAGGACAAUGCAGGAGCAGGUGAAGGUGGGGUCUUAGCUGCAGGGACAGAAAAAGAGCGUGUGAUAUCUGGGGAAGAUGCGGUUUGUUGUAUUUGUCUGGCGAAGUAUGCAGACGAUGACGAACUUAGGGAGCUAUCAUGUUUACAUGUGUUCCAUGUUGAUUGUGUCGAUAAAUGGUUAAAAAUCAAUGCAUCAUGCCCUCUUUGUAAAAGCGAGGUCGGGGAGAGUGGUAGUAGUGGUUCACCAUUAGCGCGGGACUCCAGUCAGCACUGAAUGGAGAGAAGGGAUGGUUCAUAGGUUGAAGACCAUGAUAUAUAUAUGGAGCACUGUCUGUAUUAUUCUCAGCCUUUAUUGACAUUGCAAGCUUGGGGUAAUUAUUUCAAAUGUAAGUCCUCAGUGGUUCAAUUUUGUUCUGCAGAGUUUUACGCCAAGCACAAACUGGCUUUUGUAUUGAA